CUGCAGUAUCUCUAAACAUGGGAAUUUGAUAAGGUAGUUGAAGGGUAAUACUACCUUUGCUCUCUCAGUGCAAUCAAAAACAUUCCUAGCUUUUAGGUGGACUCCACUGGCUACCUUCGUGAGGCAGUUUCAAGAGCAGAGCAAAAGAAGAUGCUGUUUAAUUUGAGGAGCCUGUUGAACAAUGCAGCUUUUCGAAAUGGUCACAAUUUUGUGGUGCGAAAUUUUCGAAGUGGACAACCACUACAAAAUAAAGUACAGCUGAAGGGUCGUGACCUCCUUACUCUAAAGAACUUUACAGGAGAAGAAAUUAAGUACAUGCUAUGGCUAUCAGCAGACUUGAAACUUAGGAUAAAACAGAAAGGAGAGUAUUUGCCUUUAUUGCAAGGGAAGUCCUUAGGCAUGAUUUUUGAAAAAAGAAGUACUCGAACAAGAUUGUCCACAGAAACAGGCUUUGCACUUCUGGGAGGACACCCUUGUUUUCUUACCACACAAGAUAUUCAUUUGGGUGUGAAUGAAAGUCUCACAGACACAGCCCGUGUAUUGUCUAGCAUGACAGAUGCAGUGCUGGCUCGAGUGUAUAAACAAUCAGACCUGGACCUCCUGGCUAAAGAAGCAUCCAUCCCCAUCGUCAAUGGGCUGUCAGAUUUGUACCAUCCUAUCCAGAUCCUGGCGGAUUACCUCACGCUCCAGGUUGGCUUAUUUCCUUGCGUUAUACAAGAGCAAAAUCAAUAA